CGGCUCGUAUUACAUGUUACAUGAGCUCCUUAGUUUUUGGCGCGCAAUUUGUCUUAAAUUUCGAGCAGUUAGCUAGUUCAAGUAGCAGCGUGGAGAGUUCCAACUUGUGUUUAAUUAGAACACAAUAUCAAAUCCCAUAUCCUCUGCCAAGGCAACAAAGAUGUCUUUAAAGAUUGACUGUGCUUGGGCAAGAGUGUUUCUUAGAGAAACUAAAAGUUUAAGCAAAACUGAAAGGAUUCCCGGUGAAGGAAAUACAAAGUUUGCUGCUAGAUUGCUGCAAGAUAGAUUUAAAAUCUUCAAUGAACAUUUUCAAGAAUACCCUGGGCUACACAUAAAACGGGAAGACUUCAUGCGGCAUUACAGAACCAUUGAUGAAAAAUUUUACAACUGGAGAAGUAAAACCGAAAAAGAAGCAUACCUAACAGCAUUUUCCUCAAUGAACUGGAAUGAGGGCAAAGUAAUUAGUAAAGAAGGGAAAAAAGAUCACUCAUUGACCAGCUGCCAGGCCUGCCUUUUAUUCAACUCUCAAUUACAAUCUACCUUCCCUAUAAGUAAGUUUUGCAGAGGUGCUAGGAAAGGACCUCUGACUGAACUUAACACAAAUGUCAAGAGACAAUGUCAGAGAGAACCUAAGGUCACAAAAAGGAAAUUAAAAAGCAUUGGGGAAGCAAUAUAUGCCACUUACAAUGAAAAAUGCCAGGAAAACUUUCAAAAAUCACUAAGUGACAUUCUAGUGCUUGUCCCUGAAGCAGGUCUUCAAAAGAAGCCUUCACCUGCUGAAAAGAAAAAAAUGAAGAGAAAUGAGCGAAGGCAAACAAAAAAAGAACUAGAGACCAAAAUGUCACAAAAUGACAGUGCAGUUCACCUUAGCCUUCGUCAGUCUUACAGUUCAAGACAAAUCCAAAGAAUGGCCCUGUCCUUUGAAACCUUUGAAGAGGCCGAGGAGAGAGCAAAAACGACCCCACCAAAGGUCAGGGAACGAUCCCACACAGCUUCACUUGCUAACAUAGAAGGAAAGUUGGACCAGCUACUUGCAGAUGUAGAGUCAUGGCCUGAUGGUCCUCCAAACUGGUCAGAAAAAGCCAGAAUGUACAACAUCAAAACCAAGGGAAGUGAUUCGACACCUGGCAAUGGAGGGCAAUUAGUCAAAGCCUUUUUAAACUCAAACAAAGUAGACAUUACCCGAUUUAAGCCCCCAUCAGAAGUGCAUCUCAAUUCAGAGGAUGGCCUUACAGGAUUCAGGGUACGCAGAGCUAUGAGGAAGCAAAAGGGGGGAGAAAUUUCUGUGCCUGUGAUGCAAUCAAAUAAACAACUCAAGCAAAGCAUCCAUGAGGGAAUAGAGAGUGGCAAAUUCAACAUAGGAGAGCCAGUGAUAGAAAGAGAGAUUACCAAAUUGGCUAUAAAUGCACAGGGAGAGAUAGAGCAGAAGAAAUGCCACUUGCAAGCAAGGAAAAUUCCCUUCCAAGACAUUAGAAAAGAAGCAUUGAUUAAAAACAAAGACCUCCUUCGAAUAAAAAAUGAUGCAUUUUAUGAAGAGCUCAGUGAAAGUGAGAUUCGUGCAGAGCUAGAAAAGAUCAGUGAGGAUAUAAGGGGAACACAUGAUGAAAUCAAACAAAGGCUGAAAAGCUUUCAACGGAAGAGGCAUUGGCUGAUUUGGCAUGACCAUUCAACCCUUUCAAAUUAUGGUCACAUGCUCUUUUGUGUGAGAGAGAUGUAUGACCCAGCAAUUCAUUUCUCUGAUGCAGAAGCUAGAGUUCAAUAUGGAAAAGAUGUGGAUGUCCAGGCAACAGUGGAGAGGCCCUAUCUGUAUAUGCUGGGGCAGAGCAGUUCCAGUAUUGAAGAUCAGAUAAAAUUUGUUCCAGCCAGACAUGAUGAUUUAGUAAAUUUAACCCAAAAAGUGAAAACAGAGGAGGAUGUUGAAGUAGAAGAUGAGAUGAGAUUCAUGAAUGGAGACAACCCUGCAGCAAACUUUGAAUGCGAAAAUCAGCAUGGAGGGCAUUAUGGUUGCCCAGGUUGUGAUGGGCAUUUAAGCAUGUGCCACGAUCUAGAUUACAUGGCCCAAAGAAAGUACAGAACAUUGACCGAACGGCAACAGCUGGUGUUAGCAGGAAGGAAAGGAAAAGAGGCAAAACAACUCCUGAACCCAUUUAAAGAUCUCAAGGUCAACGAGCUACGAGCUGAAAUUGAAGCAAGAGGACUUGGAGAUUCAGACAAAACGAAACCAGAACUUGCAAAAAUUUUAAAUGAAGAACUUGGAGGGGCAACAAGAAUUCCAGCACUGUUGUUUGGGGAUGAGAGUGUUUCUGUGGAAAGUCUCAACCUCCAUUCCUAUGAGGUACUGUGUUUUGAAGCUCUUCACUGCUCCAUGAAUCACAUUAAAAACAUUCUGGAAGAAAUCCCACAUCACAUUUCUGACAUCGAUACACUGAUAAAACUUAAAGAAAUACUGGCUGUCCAACUUAACAAAGAGAAAAACGAGGAGUAG